ACAACGAUGUGGAAUUUACAUCAACUAAAACAAUCAUGGCGGCCACGCACGUGGAAUCAUCAAUCGCUAUGACUGAAAAUGUUGAUUUAAGCUCUGACGAGGGCGAUAUAGAUGAUGACGGCAUAGAAACAGGUGAACCAUCAGACGAUGAUGAAGUGUCAGGAGGUGAUGAUGAAGUGUCAGAUGAUGAUGAAGGGUCAGACGAUGAUGAAGCAUCAGGAGAUGAUGAUGAUGAAGCAUCAGGAGAUGAUGAUGAUGAAGCGUCAGGAGGUGAUGAUGAAGCGUCAGGAGAUGAUGAAGCGUCAGGAAAUGAUGAUGAAGUGUCGGGAGAUGAUGAAGCAUCAGGAGAUGAUGAAGCGCCAGAAGACGUGGUUCCAGAGAGUUCUCAGAAAGCUGGUUUGGCUGACGCCAUGGCAAAAAUUUUAGGGAAACAAUUACCUAAACACACCAAGGUUAUUCUGGCUAAGGGAACAAGUGAUAAGGAAAUCAAUCGCAAAAGACAGGAGAAGCAAACUGAAGAUGGUGGCGAGGAGAAGAAACCAAAACUGAGUGAUGAAACAAAUGAAAGCUUAGCCAGUUUAGAAAAGAAACGUCUUUGGGAAGCAAUGGGUAGAAGAAAACCAGACCCUUUGGAACGUGAAAAAGAAAAAGCACUUCAAAAAAUAGCUCAGAGGGGAGUUGUCCAGUUAUUUAAUGCUGUGCGUAAACAGCAGAAGAUAUUGGAAGAGAGCAGUGCAGGGCUGACUGAGGCAAAGAAAGCAAAGGUUGUUGGAAAUUUGACCAAGGGCAAGUUUCUUGAUAUACUGAAGGGAACAGAGAGCAAUGUAAGCUCACAACCGGACACGGAGCAGACCAAUGUGAAGGUCAAGGAGGAACCAGACGACAAGUGGAGCAUAUUGCGCGAGGACUUUAUGAUGGGGGCAAAAAUGAAGGACUGGGACAAGCAGCCUAGUGAAAGUGAUCAUGACUCGAACUCUAAUCAUGAACUCUCUGAUGAUUCCGAGGACGGGUAGAGUCCUGUGGGUUGGGGGAGGGGGGAUCAGGGAGAUAGGGAGGGACUAGGGGAAGGGAUUGUUUUAAUAAAACUGUUA